AGGGACAGGACUGACGCGCUCACCUCCUCUCCUGCCAAAAACCUUGUCUGCCUGGAAAGAAGUCUAAUCAGAUUAAAGAGGCAAACUUUUCUCCUUUUUCUGCAUCCGCUGGAAAGGAAAGAAAGGAAGGAUCAAUGUUCAAUUUGGGAAAAUUAUAAAUUUUUGCCUGAGUUAAUCCUAUUUUCUUGGAUUUAAAAUAGCAACCAUGAGCGCUGAGGAAAACUCUGACCCUGACUCCAACAAGCUGGAGUCAGUGAUACAGCGGCUGGGGGAGAGUGUCCUGUCUGAGGAGAAGAGGCUGACCAUCCGGGGCCCCUCACCUGAUGCCCCCCCUACAUGUCUGCCAGCAAGAGUUCGAGAGAUAGUCACCAAGAACCUCAAUGAUACAGGAGCCAUGUCCUCCGUCAUGUCCCUUCAGGAGGAGAACAGGGUGCUGCAGGGAGAGCUGGCCAGACUGGAGGACCUGCUGGCCCACAGCAGAGCCGAUCGGGACGAGCUCGCCAUCAAGUACGGGGCCAUCAGCGAGAGGCUGGAGCAGGCGCUGCGGUUCGAAACAGGAGAGGGCGACCACGACUCCCCGGAGUCCCGCAGCCUUGCUCAGCAGAACGUGGAUCUGCGGCGGCGUCUGGACGAAGAACAGGCGGCCUACAAGCGUAAACUCACAGCUUAUCAGGAGGGGCAGCAGAGGCAGGCCCAGCUUGUGCAGAAGCUGCAAGCGAAGGUGCUUCAGUACAAAAAGAAAUGCGGAGAUCUCGAACAGAUGCUUCAGGAGAAAUCCUCCGAGCUGGAGAAACACAGUAUCUGUGGAGAAACCUCAAACGGUCGGCAUCGGGAUGAGGCGAGCAACAACCUGGAGGAAGCUUUAAUCCGGCUGGAAGAAGAACAGCAGAGGAGCAGCAGCUUGGCUGCGGUGAACGCCAUGCUGAGGGAGCAGUUGGAGCAGGCAGGUUUGGCCAACGAGGCCCUGAGCCAGGACAUCCGAAGGCUGACUGUUGACUGGACCAAAGCCCGGGAGGAGCUGGAACAGAAGGAGUCAGACUGGAGGAGAGAAGAGGAGUCUUUCCACAGCUACUUCAGCAGCGAGCACGGCCGGCUGCUGAAGCUGUGGAGACAAGUGGUUGGCUUCAGGAGGCACUUCUGUGAGAUGAAGAGUGCAACUGAAAGGGACUUGACAGACAUGCGUUCUGAGCUGACCCGGAUCUCCCACUCAGCUCGGGUGUCCUGCUCCGGCCUGUCCGCCUCAGUGGACAGUCGGGUGGCGGGAGAGAAGGCUUUGAGGACUGAGCUGGAGCAGCAGCUGAGGAAUCGAGUGGUGGAGAUGAUGAACCUUCAGAGCAGAGCCGAUGCAGAAAGGAGUGAGUUGAAUCUCAGGUUGUCUGAUGUAGUGCGAGAAUGUGAGAGACUGAAAGGCCAAAUUCUGGAGAGAGAUGGUGAAAUCUCUGUUUUGACAAGGAGGCUCCAGGAGGAGAGUUGCAGUGAGGACACUGAUGCGCAGCAGGUCAGAGCUCACUCCGAGAUGCUGCUGGACACGCUGCGGGACAUCGCUCAGACGGUUCUUUCAGACGGGGAGUCAUCAUCGGAGGCAGAUCAGGACAGCUCUGCAGCUCCGUUCCUGGCGCUGAUCCGCGACGCCUCCCCUCGACUUUCCUCCUCUCCUUCUAAGCUGGUGGCUUCUUCUCAAGCAUCCUCGUUGUCUUCUCUGUCUGACGCAGCCAUGUCUGCUCUCCGCUCAGCGGUCACCAACAAGACGCUGCAGCUGCAGGAUGCCAGAGGCCGUCUGCUCUCUGCCCAGUCUUCACUACAACAGCUUCGAAAGCAGCUCUCAGAAUGUGAUUCGGCCCGACGAGACAUGGAGCAGCGAAACCAGGUGCUGCAGCGAGAAAAGGAUGCAGCUCAGAGAGAGAGGGAGUCCGCCCAGAAAGAGAAAGAGCGCCUGAAGCAAGAGAGGGACAUGCUGGCCAGGGAGAAGGUGAAGCUGGAGAAUAGUGUCCAGGCGGCGGAGAGCAGCAGCCAGAUUGUCCAGAUGGAGAGGGAGAAGCUUCAGCUGGCUGUGUUGGCUGCUCAAAGAGAACGAGAGCAUGAGAGAGAAGAGAAGGAGAUCGCCCUUCAGGAGAGAGACCGAGCCAAAGCCGAGACUCUGAGAAUACAGAAGCAGUGGGAUCACAGUGAGAGUCGAGCUUCAGCUCAGCGUGGAGAGUUAUCUGUGGUGAAGGAGACCCACCAGCAGGGGGAGGUUGAGAGGCAGCUUCUGGAGCGAGAGAAGGAGCAGCUGUCUGAAGCACUGGCUCGGGCCAAGAGCAGCAUCACAGAGCUGUCCCUACAGCUCAGCAAGCUGCAGUCUGAGGAUGCAGCUCUCAGGGACUCUGUGGUAAAGAUGGGCAGUAUGAAUGAGGUCCUGGCCCAGGACAAAGUGGACCUCAACAACUACAUCCUAAAGCUUGAGGAGGAGAAGUCCCUCCUGCUGACUCAGAAGCGUGAGGCGGAGCAGGAGAAGUUGACCAUUAGGGACGAGCUGGUCCGUCUGGAGCAGGACCGACUGGAGCUGCAGUCAGGCCGCGUCUCUCUGCAGCAGGCGCUGCAGGACACGGAGCAGAGCCGGGCUGGGAUGGAGACUGAGCUGCGCAGUCUCAGAGCGGAGAGGCUCAAAAUGCAGGAGAAGGUGGCCCAGCUUUGUGCCGAGGUGGCCUCCCUGGGCUCUGAGCUGAGCCUGGCUCAGGGGGAGGGCCAGAAGAACGAGGUGGCGUUGGAAGAAGCCGGCCGAGGUCAAGCGGAGCUGGCCCGGGACAAAGCAGCUCUGGUGGUCCAGCUGACAGCUUCUGAACGAGAAAACACUGUGCUGUCAGAGGAACUGGCAGCUUUCAGGUCUGAGCGGGAAUCCCUAGAAACGAGUCUGUUUGAGGCACAGCAGCAGCUGGCUCAGGUUGAAUCCCGCAGAGAUCAGCUGGAGGCUGAGAAUCAAUCCCUGAGGGUCCGCUGCGAGACUGCUGCAGCUGAGCUGAAGCGAGCACGUUCAGAUGGAGACAAUGCCCUGGCCCAAGCCGAGAGAGAAAAACAGAUUCUAACUCAGACCCUAAAUGCUGCACAGCUGGAGGCUCAGCAGGCUCUACGUAAGGCCACCUCUGAACACCAGGAGGAGGUGGAGAGGUUGGUUUCAGAGAAGGAGGUUGUGCGUCACAGUCUGCAGAUGGAGCAUGAAGCUGCUCUGAGGAGGCUCAGGCAGGAGAUGGAGGAUCAGCAGCACAGAGCGAAGAGAGACAAAGAGGAUCUGCAGGAGGAGCUGAGGACUCUGCAGCAUGAUCGAGAUCAGAGUUUGCUGCAGGCAGAGACUGAGAAACAGCAGGCUCUUUCCCUGAAGGAGGCAGAGAAGGCUGUGUUGUCUGACCGGGUGUCCAGUCUGCAGGCUGAGCUGUCGACUGCAGCUCUGGAGGCGGAGCGGAUGGCCAGAGAGGCAGCUCAUCACAAAGAGCAGGAGCAGAUUAGAGUUGGAGCCCUGACCUCUGAGAUUCUUGAGCUCCGCUCUCAGCUGGACGAGACGACAUCAGCUCAGCAAAGGGAAGUCCACAGCUUGCAGGAGCUCUGUACUGAUCUUCGCUCUCGGGCAGAUGUGGCCUACAAAGAGUUGGAGCAGUGCAGAGCUUCUCUCUCAACCGCAGAGGAGAGCCGAGACAAGGUGAGAAAAGAUCUGCUGGAGGCCGAAUGUCGCUUGAGCCAAAAUCAAGAGACAGCAGAAAACUACAGGAGGGAGGCGAUAGAGCUGCGGCACAGCCUCAGCGACGUCACCAAGGAGAGGGAUGCUCUGAGCCAGUCAAACACUCAGCUGAGAGGAACGCUGCGCAGCGCAGAGACCGAGAGGAUCAGUGUGAAACGACAGUGUGAGGAGAAGGAGCAGAGGCUGGCUGUUCUGGAGGAGAACCUGUCAUCCGCUCAGAAGGAAGUGAUGGAGCUGCGCAGCUGCCUGAGAGAGGUCGAAAGGUCACGGCUUGAGGCACGGCGGGAGCUGCAGGAGCUCCGCCGACAGCUGAAAAUCUUAGAUGCAGAGAAGGAGCAGAAAGAGAGGGAGGUGGUGGAGCUGCAGACCCGUCUGGCUCUGGAGGAGCAAAGGGACGAGGAGAGAGGAAAGGAGGUCUUCUGCCUCAAACAGAAGCUGACUGAAGCUGAAACUACCAGAGAUGCCAUCAAGAAGGAACUGUCCCUGACUCAGAGACGACUGACAGAGUCUGAGUCAGGAUGGCGCAGCUGUGAGAGAGAACUGACUGCCCAGCUGCAGGAGGCCCACGGCUGCGAGAAGAAACUCCAGGAUGAAGCCAAGAACCUGUCGCUGCGUGCUCAGGCCGCCCAAGACGCCGCCGCUCAGUCCAGCCUGAAGCUGAGCGAGGCACAGGGCCGGCUGGCCGCCACGGAGGCGGAGCUCACCAGAGCCGAGGCUUCGAGAAGAGAUCUUGAGUUUCGACUAAGCAGCCUCCAGUCGGCGCUGACGCGGACCCUGGGCAUUGGGGCAAGCCGCAGGGGGAGGAGCCCAGGAGGCAGCUCCACAUCACCAGGCAGCAUGUCGCGCCACCACAGCAUCUCGCCGCUGCGCUCCUCACUGUCCCCUCCUAAAGAAUUUCGAGGAAGCACGCCGGACAACACUCUAGGUUCAGGGGCUGUUUCUCCUGAGAGAGGCGACACGCCGCUGCCUCAAUCAGAGCUCGACCCUGACUCCCUGAGAAGCGGCCUCAGAGACUUCCUCCAGGAGCUGCGAGAUGCACAAAGAGAGAGGGAUGAUGCCCGUUGCCAGCUGGGGGUCCUGCAGCGGGAGCUGGAGGAGCUAAAGGAGGAACGAGGCUCUGCUCAGACUCGCCUCUCUCAUCUGCAGAACGCUUUGCAGGAUAUGCAAGAAGUGAAGCGUGGCCUGGAGGAGCGCCUGACUACCAAUCAGAUUCUUCUGCAGCAACAGGAGGAGGCGGUGAGGAGAGGAGACAGAGAGAGGAGAGCUCUCUCCGACCGCGUGAAAGAAUUAGAACGAUCGCUGCAGGCCUCAGAGAUGGAUAAAAAACACAUCCAGGAUCAGCUGAACAAGCAGCGAGCUGCUGAGAUGCGCCUGGAGGCCGAGAGGAAGCGCCUCCGGGAGGCGCUAGAGGCUGCUGAAGCUCGGGCAACAAGGGUGGAGUUGGGGAGGCGCAGUCUGGAGGGGGAGUUGCAGAGACUCAAACUGAGUCUGGGAGAUCGUGAAGCAGAGAGCCAGGCGACUCUGCAGCGGCACGACGCUCUCAUCAAACAGGUUGCAGAUGGGGAAGCUCGUGUUUCCCAGCUGCAGAGGGAGGUGGACAGGCUGAGCCAGGCUGUUCUAAAAGCUCAGGAAGGGGAAUCUGUUCUUAAGGAGAAGGCCACGUCCCUCAGCCAGACGCUCCAGGAGGUGACAGACUCCCACAGCAGCACGCAGAGCCGCCUGCUCGCCCUGCAGAAGACGCUCAGUUCGGCUGAGCAGGACAAAAGGCUUCUACAGGAACGACUGGAUGAAGUACGGGCAGCUUUGGCUGAAGGAAAGAGGAACAUGGCUGCCCUCACUGAUAGUGUGCAGAACCUGCAGAGUGAGCUGAGCCAGAGCGAACUGCGGCGAGAAGAGCUGGAGGUGGAGCUCAGCAGCAGUCAGGAGGCUCUGCGUCAGCGCUCGGCCAGUCUGGUGGAAGCACAGCGGAGUGCCCAGCUGGCACAGACAGAGCGGGCCGUCGUAGAAGAGCGGCUGCGUGCACUGCAGAGAGCGGUGGCCUUGUUGGAGACAGAAAAGAAGGAUGCCGAGAGGCAGGCGGUCAGGCUGGAGAAAGACAAGAAUGCACUAAGGAACACACUGGAUAAGGUUGAACGCCAAAAGCUGAUGUCCGAGGAGGGCAGCAUGAGGCUUUCUGCAGAGAAGAGCCGUCUGGAUCGCUCCCUAAACACAGCAGAGCAGGAACUCCAGGAAGCACAGCAGCAGAUCCUGAUGCUGCAGACCCAGCUGGCUGAGAUGGAGCACUCCCACAGUCUGUGUGAGAGUUUGGUCCAGCAGCGUGACGAGGUUCAACGAGAGGCCGAGAGGAUGAGGAGCAGCCUCCGGGACGUGGAGCGAACGCUGGGCACCAGGGAGCGGGCUCACCGCCAUCGGGUCAAAGGGCUGGAAGAACAGGUGUCCACUCUAAAGGAGCAGCUGCAGCAGGAGAUAAAGAGACGGCAGCCCUCUCUCCCUCCGUCAUUACUGACGAACUGAGACACAGCUAGAAGAAGAUGAAUCUAAACUCCAGUCAAUCCUUACUCUAACUCUAAACACAACCUUUUGUUCAACAGUUAUUUCUGAAGUGCUUGAAUGAUGUUUAAAACUGUAACUAACAAACAAAUGAAGCACAAACACAAACAAGCGUUGCCUUAAAGCCACCAGCAAACCACUAACUACUUGUUAAACAUCUGUGACAUGUCCUGGCUGGAUGCCGUCUUAAACUUUAUGCUUUUUUACAAGAAAAACUAAAAUCAUUACAGAAAUGAUGCACUCACAAAGAAGAGAGAAAAAUGUUGAAGGUUAUUUACGACUAUUAAAGAACAGAAAAUAUGGACAUGGAAGCACCAUUAAACUAACUGCACUGUUUUAUCUCUAGGAGACAGAUUGAACUAAUCAUCUAAUGUUAGAUAGACUAGAUUUUAUAACUGAAACACUGUUUUUUUUUUUGUUACAUUAGAUCUUGUUUAAAUGAGUAUAAAUUAUACAAAUACAGCUUCUCUAUGUAUCGAUGGUGAGAGGCUGAAGACAAACCGCAGCAGUCACAUUUGUGCUGGAAAUAAACAUGAGACUCAGAUUUAUGAGAGAAAAUAUGUGUUGACUUGCUAGGCAGGGGAAGCAGCCAUGUGGUGACUGUGGAGGAGCUGCAUAAAUGAACGGCUCAGCUGGAGGAAUAUGUUUACAGGGCAACUCUUUGUUGUGCACGACAUAAAUUUUGCCUUUAUUUGAGAAAAGUGAGAAGAAAGGUGUUGUUAAAGGAGAAAGCUUACACUACAUAUUACCCUGAACACACUAUGCCCUCUGCGUUGGCUGUAUCAUGCUGUGUGCAUGAGAGAUCCAUACUUACAAAUACGUACAUCAAACACCUUACAGUAUAAUAGCGUAUUAUUAAAAAAAUAUAAAACCCUGUGCAUGCACAAAAAUUGAGCAAUUAUCCUAAAAGAAUUGCAGCUGUGUCUCAGUUAUUAUCCAAGGGUCAACCUAAUGUUCGGCCCACUUCUUGCUCACAUUCGACCAUAAAAGGUCCAUCAAAAACACCAUAGUCAAGUGAGCCAGCUGCACGAUGUCAUUUAAUGGUCACCAUUGCAACCACAGCUAAAGGGCCCUGUUUAACCCAGGAAGAAAUAAGGAGUUAGUUAGUAAGAUGAAGAGUUGGUUAAAUAUAUACUUUCCCUCCUAAUUUCCUGUUUCCAAAGUGUCCAGCAAUGUUAAAUCAUCCAUCGAACACCAUAUGCACAGGAGGUUUGGUGGUGUUUAAAUGCAGCGUAGGUGAACCUCACGCUUUGUUACAUUUAUUUAUUGCUCUGUGGUACGACUCACUCCUUUCAUUGCUGGGUAGAGAAAUGUAAUUGUGAGGACACAUUUAAAAAUGUGCAGACUUUGAUUAUUUUAUUGAGGUUGCUUUAUGAACUAGCUUAAAUAGAUCUGAUAAAGUCAAUCUAUGAUUAAACUUUCAUAUGAAGUAGAAUUCAGUGUCAGAGAAAUAAUGAUGCAAUCUGGCUUCAGUUCCCAUCAGUCACCAUCUGCCAAUAUAAUUCUCUCCUCAACAUGCACACGUGUUAGAUAGGUCAGAGUUGGCAGAGAUACUUUUUUAUAGAGUAUAGUUUUAUGCUUAAGCAAAAUGUAUAAAUGAAACCUUAAAUCAGUGGUUCUUGAAAUGUUGCUAACAUGUACCCCCUUUGUAAAUACUAGUUGUUGUUGUUUUUUUUUUGUCACUAUGUUAUAACGGUAAAACUGGUACAAAAUCUAUUAAACAUUUUUUUAAAGAAUUACAAUUAAAAAAAGGUCUCUUGAAUGCUGCAAAGUUGUAAAAUAUAGGUCUGCAAAAGUUGGGAGUUGGAAGAGACAAAGUCUGAGAUUGAUAGCCCGUAGCUCAAGAUACAAAAUGGCUGCCUCACAUAUUUAUCCUCGUCAUGGCAACAAUUUAAAGCUGAGGUCUUUAACGUUAAGGACGUUAAAGACCUCAGAGAUUUUGUCGCCAACUAAACUAAUUUUUCUACUUAUUUAUGGAUAUGCUGCAGGUUAGUUUUCCAUUGCUUGUCCUCGGGGUUUAAAUUGAAUGCUAAUGUCUACAGAUGUUGCUUUAAAGUUUCUAUAUUAAAGGUAUUCUGGAGGAUUUUCAUGAAUUUUUGAAAAGAAUCGCCGUCUCCACUUUAAAAAAAAUGCACAUGCACAACCCUGUACCCGCUCCUGAGAGGCAACGCCAUUUCACCUCGUGCAAAGGAUACUAUGUUCAGUUUGCUUAUUCAUAACACUAGCAGUGGCUCUAAACCCACUGCUGUUUCUUUUAACACAGAUUUAUAAGCAGAGGUUGAAAUCAAAGCACACACUGAGCAUCUGUAGUAUAAACAUUUAUUUUUCAGUCUUUAUAGUGACACUUUAACCAAGCAGUAGUACAGAGGUGGUGGUGGGAUGCCCCUUUAAACCACUGAUUGCUGUUGUGAUGCUGAGCUCAUGUUUCUCCACAUGCCUCCUGAUCUUCAGCUGAGAGGCUCAGCCGCUGCCCGCUUAUGAGUCCUGUAUGCUAUCAGAGCUCUGAUCAUCUUAAUGAUGACUGCUUUUCAACAAAAGUACAAGAAUAUUUCAACAAACAAAAAAAAAAAUGGGAUUAUUAUGGCACAACAUAAAAACAGAAAAAA